AUGGCGCAUGAGUCUCCAGCUAAAACUCAUUUCCGAUCUACUUUACCACCAGCUUCUCAAUCAGACAGACAUUCCCUAACACACUCUCACUCUCAAUCUCAACUACAGUCAAAUGUGCAUGCACGGUUAGGACCAUGGGCACAGUGGGGGCAGACAUCAGCUUCUCUGAGUGGUUUGGAUACUUCAAAACGGCCGAGAUUGACUCAUAGUCUGACUACGGGGGAGGUGUAUCAUUUUAACAAAAAUUCACCACCGGCGAUUCCGAGUGAGUUAACGAAGAGAUCAGGUUGGGGAAGUAGAAGGCUCGACGGAAGGUUGAAUGAGUAUGGGGAUCCCGUUCCAAGGCCUAGUAUGGAUAUUUCUGGCUCAACGAGCUACGACGAUAAUGUGGUGAAGGGAGAUGCAACGAGGCAUAGAAUCUCAAGAAUUUAUUCUUCGCCUGAAACUAGAACUUUACCUACCCCUCCGGAGCCACCCAUGACAAAAUCAGCAACAAAAGUCAUGCAGAGAACAGGUUACGAUCCUACUAUGGAAAUAAAAGAGGGGAAAAGUCGACAGUCAUCAUUACAUAUAGUUACAGACAACUCUGACAGUUCUGGAAGCAGCUAUAGUCAAGAAGGUUGCAUAGCUUCACUCAUGAUUCAACAGAGUCAACCUAUUGGUUCUGUCCCAGUUUCUCCGAUGGAGCAGGAUGAGAUGCAUGUGCAAUCUUACGAUUACAACUGUAGCAAUGUAUCAAGUCGGGCUGACUCGACGGCGAAAUCAUUGAUGACAUCACCAGAAUAUAAAGAACGAGUAUCAAGAUUUAUGCAAGGCCAAUUGGGAGAGCCGAAUACUAAUCGAGGUCCAGCCUACACUCCAAGCCUUGAGGACUUGAUAGAUCAAGAAAAAGAAAGGUACGAACAUCGAAGUAGAGGCGAAAAUCCACUAAGACAUGAGGCUCAUAACGAUGACAUGGCACUCAUGCCAGCGCCACUAGUAGUGCGAACAAAAAAGAGUCGACAAAGCUAUUUCAGCGAAAGCCCAGAAGGAUGGGAAUCGCAACAUUCUAUUACUCCAAUAUCGGUUAGUGAGCAACAACAGAGUGUGCGUAAACCCUCAACAGUCUCAUAUACAUCUAUGGCACCACCGCCUAUAAUAACAACAGAUCCGAACAAGUCCCGAAAAAGAGGUUUUUCAAGUGGUAAACAUCCCCUGAAGAGUCCCUUUCCGUUUCUUUCAACUCACAAAACGCCAGACUCUCCAAAAGCGACAGGAUCACCAGGAUCACUCAGUAAAAAAUUCUCAGGCGCUAUGAAGCGAUUCUCUGGUACAAUAACGGUGCUUAGUAACAGGAAUGAAGUAAUUCCAAAUGCUCGGCGAAGCGCGACAGGUCCAGAUACACCCAUGCCGAAGAAAUCGGGAUUUAUGGGAAUUAAAGGGGCUCCGGAUGUGAUACAGAAGGGUAAUGAACAUAUUCAAGGGGCGGUGGAGAAGGCAAGAUUGAGGCUGAGUAAGAAGGAGAGGAGGAGAAAGGAAUUGAAGAAACAAAUUGUGGUUGUUGGGAUCAUGGACCAGACACCAGGUUAG